AUGUCCACGGUGUCGGUUUCCGACGGAAAUGAAAGGUUUUUGCCGCCUCUGAGUGAACGAAUUGACGGGAAGUGCAGAAGGUGGGUGUGGAGAGGGUAUGCCGUUAAUUACUUUGUCUAUCCACAAAUCGAUGGCGAUGUUGCUGGUGUGAGCCCUCCGCUCCUUCUGGUCGCAGCUUGGAUAGCAGCAAGGAUUUGGUGUUUUGCUCGUUGUGGAUUUCAAGAAAAACAGCGGAAAAAAGGGGACGAUAGAGAGAUCGGAGCAAUGGUCCUGGGUGGUCUUAUGAAGGGUGAGCCGCUGGUGGCGAAGCUGGCGGCGGCGGCCAGGUACGGCGUCCUUCCGGCAGCCAUGAUCGCCGCCCUCGUUUACUCUCCUCCCGAUUUUGUUUCGACCAAAAAACCGGCUAAUUCAGGAUCCUAA